AUGUCUUUUACGUCUGGAACCCUGUCUAACUACGAGGUGACGAGCCCCAGCACGCCACGGAGCGCCACCAGCCCGCCCGUGCCCGUGCCCGUACCCGUGUAUGUGAGGACACGUCCCUCAACCGUGCCAGACACCUCUACCAAGAAGUGCCGACGAUCUCGGACCGUCUUCACAGAGCUGCAGUUGGUGGGUUUGGAACGACGGUUCGAGGCCCAGAAGUACCUGAGCACUCCUGAUCGGGUGGAGCUGGCCCGCUCCCUGGGACUCACGCAGCUUCAGGUCAAGACUUGGUACCAGAACCGCAGGAUGAAGUGGAAGAAGCAGGGGAGAAUUAGACAACAGAGUAAGUAUGGCUACCUCUUGUUGGCUUCUCUUGUUGACGAAAAUAUAGAAAAAGAUGGAAAAUGUGAGAAAGUUGAUAACACAGACAAAGAGGACAUGUUUAGUGUCAUAAAGGAUGAAAUAGGUUUCCUGUAA